CUUCAUUAACCCCUUCCAACCCUCCAUGGAAUUUCAAACUCUUGAGCUUCUCAGUACUUUUCAAUGGCGAAGAAGGCUGGAGAGAGCAGUGGUGGUUCGAGAUGGUCUCUUUCCGGGAUGACCGCUCUCGUCACCGGCGGCACUCGUGGAAUCGGGCGGGCAAUCGUGGAGGAACUGGCGGAAUUGGGCGCCAGUGUGUACACGUGCUCUAGGAAGGAAGAUGAGCUGAACCAAAGCCUAAAAGAUUGGGCUUCUAAAGGCCUUAAAGUCUCUGGUUCCGUCUGCGACGCGUCCUCUAGAGACCAGAGGCUGCUCCUCUUCCAGAAGGUUUCCUCCGCUUUUGAUGGCAAGCUCAACAUUCUUGUAAACAAUGUUGGGACAUUCAUCCAUAAACCUACCGUGGAGUAUAGUGCUGAAGAAUACUCUUAUAUCAUGGGUACCAACUUAGAGUCUUCUUACCAUUUUUCUCAACUUGCGUACCCUCUUCUAAAGGCGUCCAAAGCUGGAUGCAUUGUCUUCAUUUCAUCUGUUGCUGGCUUGGUACAUUUAUCUCUUGCUGGAUCCAUUUAUGGUGCUACCAAAGGGGCUAUGAAUCAACUCACAAAGAAUUUGGCUUGUGAGUGGGCAGAAGACAGCAUUAGGGUCAAUUGUGUGGCUCCUUGGGUAAUCAAAACCUCUCUUGCUGAAGAGUAUCUUGAAAACAAAGAGUUUAUGGAGAAGCUGCCAUCCCGGACACCCAUGAAGCGACCAGGAGAACCGCGAGAGGUUUCAUCAGUGGUUGCUUUCCUCUGUCUUCCUUCCGCUUCUUAUGUGACCGGUCAGGUAAUUGCUGUUGAUGGUGGUUUCACAGUCAAUGGUUUUGAAUGAAAAAAUCAAUCAAACUACUUAUUUGUUUCUUCACACGUGAAAUAACGGUGCAUUUUGAUGAUGAUGAUGAUGAUUUCAUCUUUCCUUUCAAAUCCGCGAAACCUUGGAAUAAAUACUUGCAAUGCGAGUUGUUACGUUAAUCAGUUAAUCUGCACGAUUUAUUUGAUUUCUUAUGAGAUUUAAAUAAUAUUAUGGUUCGUUU